GUAGCAUGGUUGCGAGUGGACACACAGACAAUUCUAACGAUAGCAAAUCACGUAAUUACGAAGAAUCAUAGGAUCGGAGUAACGCAUACCGAGCGGAAAACGUGGCAUCUGCACAUACGCGACGUGAGCGAAUCCGAUCGAGGUGCCUACAUGUGUCAAAUAAACACCGAUCCCAUGAAGAGUCAGACUGGUUACUUGGAUGUUGUAGUUCCGCCAGAUAUUUUAGACUACAUGACAAGCACGGACAUGAUAGUCAGAGAAGGCAGCAACGUUACAUUGCGCUGCGCUGCUAAGGGAUCUCCGACUCCGAAUAUUACCUGGAGGCGGGAAGAUGGAGACACCAUACUUCUUGGGAAUGGCGAGGACGGUAAGAGACAUGUAAUUAAAAAUAAAACUGCGACGUCGUAUGAUGUUUUCCUGCGAUUAAAAAGAAAAAGAGAAGAAGAAAAAAAAUCUCACCGUGUCGUUGGAGGAAGGAGAAGAGAAAAAAGUGUGCGAAACAAGUUCCUUGGAAUUAUUUUUCCAACAGGAAAUGAUUUAUCA